AUGUCACACGAGCGCUUCGCCCAGCCAAUAGCAAUCCCCGCGCAGCAGGCUCACCUCCACAUCCAACCACACCAGUUGACGUUUGCUAUCGAUAGUCAAGUUGACUCAGCCUGGACAUCACCGCCCACCAGCUCAAUUGUCCCCCGGCCCCCUUCCCUAGGGCACAAACCGUGCACCCAACCGCCUCGCUUCACCAGAUCCUCAAUCAUGUUCACCCACCUCCUCGGCCACCCCAUCCGCCUCGCCCUGUCAACCCUCAAAAUGACUUGCCUCGCCCAUCUUACCCUCACGCAGCUCGUCCAGGCAUCCCCUGCCCAAGGGCCCUCCAUGCUACCCACCUUCACAGUAGACGGGGACUGGAUCGCCGCAGACAUGCGUCACCGCCUGGGCCGCGGCAUAACCACAGGCGACCUAGUUCUCUACAAGAUACCCAUCUUCGCGAACCAGAACGGCGUCAAGAGGGUAGUCGGCAUGCCAGGCGAUUACGUCUCCCUGGGCACACCUGGGGAGAAUGGGGAGGACCAGAUGAUACAGGUACUAUGA